AUGGACGCCACCAACAGAAGCUCCGCCUCGGAUCUUGUGACCUCGUCGACCGGAUCCAGCCGGUCCCCGCUGCUGCUCCAAGAUCCUCAUCUUCCACCUCCAGAAGAGCACCUGCUCCUCGUGCGGUUACCCGGCCGCCCGCAUCCGCAAGUAUUCUCUUCAUGUGAGUCCCAGUCUUGGUUCCUGGUUCUAUUCAUGUUGCUUCUGUGGAACAGCUUCAGGAAGGAGUACAAGGAGAAGCAACCUAACGUCAAGCAGGUCUCUGUGAUUGGCAAGGCCAGUGGUGAGAAGUGGAAGUCCAUGAGUGAUGUUCUGGAGAACGAAAAGCAUGCAGGUGCUCUACUCUUGCACACGUCUGGCACCAUCUCUGGCGCGGUGGUGCUUCUUGAGGCGACCGGCGUGAUGACGGCUGUGUACGGCAGCAACCACAAGCUCUCCGUUAAUAGUAAUUGGCUUCUACGUGAUGGUCUGGGACUAGUUUUUGGUGAUGUGGAUAUACUUUGUGAUUUAAAAUUACUAAUAUGUGGUCUGGUGUCAUAUUAUGGUCUAAUAUUUUUUGUUUUGACUCUUUCUUCGGUGCGAGGAAAGCUGUGA